CUCUAUUUCAAACUUGAUAUCAGCCACAGCGAUUUGCCUCUUUCAUCAGUGCGCCAAAAGCCUCCCACCUUGCUUCAUCAAUGGCGGUUGCGAGGACUGUAAAGGACGUUUCAGCUCACGAGUUCGUGAAGGCCUACUCGGCUCAUCUCAAACGAUCUGGCAAGAUGGAGUUGCCUGAGUGGGCGGAUAUUGUGAAGACUGCUCAAUUCAAGGAGGUGGCUCCUUAUGACCCUGACUGGUAUUAUGUGAGAGCUGCCUCCAUGGCAAGGAAGAUCUACUUGAGGGGAGGUCUUGGUGUUGGUUCUUUCCGAAGGAUUUACGGAGGGAGUAAGAGGAAUGGAAGUUGUCCACCCCAUUUCUGCAAAAGCAGUGGUGCUGUUGCACGCCACAUACUAAAGCAGUUGACGAAUAUUUACAUUAUUGACGUUGAGCCCAAUGGUGGGAGGAAAAUCACCUCAACCGGUCAGCGGGAUCUCGACCAAGUCGCUGGAAGGAUUGUGGUUGCCCCUGAUCAAUGAAUCUGGUAGAGCAUACUGCCGUUUAGGUGUAUUUUUCUUUGCUUAAGAAAUUAAGAAAUGUGGCAACAGUGCUUAGUCUGUGGAC